UGGGAAAACCACUAUAAACUUAGCCUGCGGGAGAACUGAUCUCUUAAUGAACAACUUUCCCUGACAAAACCGAAAAUGGGCAAUCGUCAUAGCCAAUCUUACUCCCUGUCAGAAGGCAGUCACCAGGUGCCCAAUGGGCAUGCCCAACCCUCGGCAGCCAUGCAGCCUCUCAGCCACCGGUCAGGGAGUGGACAGCCAGAGUCCCAUCAGCCUGCCAAAGCGAAAAGUGAUCAGGGUUUUGAUGUUGAUCGAGAUGCCAAAAAGCUGCACAAAGCCUGCAAAGGAAUGGGAACUGAUGAAGCGGCCAUCAUUGAAAUCCUAUCAAGCAGGACAUCGAAUGAGAGGCAACAAAUCAAACAAAAGUACAAGGCAACAUAUGGCAAGGACCUAGAGGAGGUGCUCAAGAGUGAGCUGAGUGGAAACUUCGAGAAGACGGCCUUGGCCCUUCUGGACCGCCCCUGCGAGUAUGCUGCCCGGCAGCUGCGGAAAGCCAUGAAGGGCCUGGGGACAGACGAGGCGGUGCUCAUCGAGAUCCUGUGCACGAGAACCAACAAGGAAAUCAUCGCCAUUAAAGAGGCCUACCAAAAGUUAUUUGACAGGAGCCUUGAAUCAGAUGUCAAAAGUGAUACAAGCGGAAACCUAAAAAAAAUUCUGGUCUCCUUGCUACAGGCUAAUCGUGAAGAAGGAGAUAACGUGGACAAAGACCUCGCAGGUCAGGAUGCCAAAGAUCUGUAUGAUGCAGGGGAAGGCCGCUGGGGCACGGACGAGCUUGCCUUCAAUGAAGUCCUGGCCCAGAGGAGUCACAAGCAAUUACGAGCCACCUUUCAAGCCUACCAAGUGCUCAUUGGCAAAGAUAUCGAAGAGGCCAUCGAGUCGGAAACGUCAGGAAAUCUGAAGAAGGCCUACCUAACUCUCGUAAGAAGUGCCCGGGACCUCCAGGGCUAUUUUGCGGACCGUCUGUACAAGGCCAUGAAGGGCGCGGGGACCGACGAGGACACGCUCAUUGACAUCAUUGUGACCAGGGCUGAGGUGGACCUUCCGGCGAUAAAAGCAAAGUUCCAAGAGAACUAUCAGACGUCUCUCUCUGACAUGGUUCGCGCAGACACCUCUGGGGACUUCCGGAAACUGCUGGUGGCCCUCUUGCACUGAAAGAAGCCAGGGCAGCUGCAGCACAGGGAGGAACCACCUUUGUUGAGAGGCCCUCCUCCCAAACCAGAUUUGCAGAUGCGACUCCAGCACGAAAACCUCCCUCGGGUGCCAGUUUAUUUCCUUGGCAGCUUGAGUUGUGCAGCCAGGCCAAGCUGUUUCAGUUAAGGGCAGCAGCCUCAAGACCCUUGAACAGGUCACCCUGAACGCUGACUUAGCAGGUAUCUGGGCUGCCUCUUAACUUUCCUUGAGGGUAGUAACUGAAUGCUUUCUAAGCACAAAUAAAAUCUGCAGUCGAUGAGAAAAUUAUGCAUUCCUACUAAAACACUUAGAAGAACAUGCAUCACAUAGGUGUAUGGAUGUUCUGGGUAAAGAGCAAAUGAUUAAAGUACAAGAAAGACAAAAUUAGGCAAUUCAUUCAGUUUUCCUUCUGUGUGCUCACAUUCUGUGUUUCAAAUGCUCAACGUUAAUUAAAGAUGUGGAUUAUGCCUCCAUCAGCUGCUUUUCCAAAAGACUGGGUUGAUUCAUUUUGGCUUUUGUCCUGGAAAUAUAUGACUUGUGAAAUUCGAACAUACUUGGAAAAUGCAAACAGUUACAAUUAUUAAUAAUCACCAAGGACAAGCAUCAAGGCCAAGAGCAAGGAAACAAUUGACGUGACUACACGAAACGUACUGAGGGGUAAAAUGCACGGAUCUGCUACGUGGGUUAAAUGGUUUUCCUUGCUUCUCUAGACGUUUGGCCCAGUUGAGCCUUCCCUCUCAUCUUCGAAUACACUUAGGCUGGGCACAGUGCCAACAGGAUCAAGGUUAAUGGUCUGACUCUCAAAUGGAUUGAUUCUGUACCCAAACCAUCUCUGUUCCCAGAUGUGUGUCUGACAGCCACGUGCUGCUGCACCUGAAGGGAUCUGUCAUGAGAACAGGGACACUCUGGUCCAAUGAUUAUAGCUACUGCCCCUGGAUGAUUAUUUUUGCCUGGCACUGCUAAGGAGCUUAUGUUCAUGUUUAAUCUUCCCAGCAUCCCGGGGUGAUUAAUAUUACUCCCAUUUAUUAGCUGGGGCAACGGAGACAUUAAGUAACCCGGCUAAAUUCAUUCACAAAUGACAGAACUGAGAUUUGAAUUUGGCGCUGGUGGACUCCAGAAUCCAUACUCAUAACUGCUUUUGUUGGAAAAAUAACACAAUAUGCAUGGCAAUGGGUCUGAAUUCAUUCACCUUCCUAAGUUCCUAUUAUCUGCUGUUCACUGCGCUGGGCUUCAGGAAUACAAAAAUAAAGAGAACACUGGCUUUG